AUGGCUGCCACUCAGAAGCUCUACCCUCGCGGCACGGUGAAACGCAUCGUGAAAGCUCACGCCAACCGCAAUGUCAGCAAGAAUGCCGAUAUAUUGAUCUUCCUGGACUAUAUGCUGUUUAUGCAGGAGUUGAUGCGAGAAUCGUCCAUUCGAUCCCGGAAAGCGGGUGAAAAGAACAUCUCUCCGAAUUCGGUUCGCAAAGUGACUGAGAGAACGCUCCGAAAGUUCAAGGGUUGA